AGUGUUCACACAGCUGCUGUUGAUUCAGUCCUGUGCAGCCACAGAGCAGCAGUGUAUUCAGCACACUUCAGCUACACACACACACACACACACGCACACACUCUCCAGCUACACACACUCCUCAGCUACACACACUCAGCCAUGGUUCUCUACCAUAAGGAGUUUGAGCAGGCCGGGAAGCGCACCGGGCUGCAGAUCUGGAGGAUUGAGAACAUGGAGCUGGCUCCAGUGCCCGAGAGCCUGCACGGGAACUUCUACGUGGGGGAUGCCUACCUGAUCCUGCGCACUGUCAAACAGAAGGACGUCUCCUUCUACGACCUGCACUUCUGGCUGGGUAAAGAGUGCACUCAGGAUGAGAGUACAGCUGCAGCCAUCUUCACAGUCCAGAUGGAUGAUUAUCUUGGUGGUAAACCUGUUCAGUAUCGUGAACUCCAGGGCUGUGAAUCCACUGCUUUUACCAGCUACUUUAAAGGAGGAAUCACAUACAAAACAGGAGGCGUGUCGUCGGGUUUCCAGCAUGUGGUCACCAACGACCUCAGCGCACAACGACUGUUCCACAUCAAGGGCCGCAGAACGGUCAGGGCCACACAGGUGCCGCUGGACUGGAACAGCUUUAACACUGGUGACUGCUUUAUAGUGGACCUGGGAGCGAUUAUAUACCAGUGGUGUGGAUCAAAGUGCAACAGGUUCGAGCGACUGAAGGCAACCCAGGUGGCCAACAGUAUUCGUGAUAAUGAGCGCAAUGGCAGAGCUCAGGUCGUGAUAGUGGAAGACGGACAUGAACCCGGGCAGCUGACCAGUGUACUUGGUGAUAAGCCGACCCUGCCGGAUGAAGAUGAUAAUGAUGACAUCGCUGCAGAUAUGUCUAACAGGAGAAUGGCGAAACUGUACAUGGUGUCUGAUGCGAGUGGAAAGAUGCAGGUGUCUCUGGUGUCAGAAGAGAAUCCCUUCUCUCAGACUCAUCUUCUGUCUGACGAAUGCUUCAUUCUGGAUCACGGCAAGAGCAAGAUGAUCUAUGUGUGGAAAGGCCGAAACGCAAACCCCAAUGAGAGAAAAGAGGCCAUGAAGACAGCCGAAGGCUUCAUCCAACAGAUGGGCUAUCCAGCGAACACACAGAUCCAAGUGCUUCCAGAAGGCGGAGAGACCCCCAUCUUUAAGCAUUUCUUCAAAGACUGGAAAGAGAGGGACCAGAGCGAGGGUCUGGGCAGGGUAUAUGUGACGGAACGCAUUGCCAGGAUCCAACAGGUGGAUUUUGAUGCUUCAAAACUUCAUGAGUCUCAUCAAAUGGCAGCGCAGUACAACAUGGUGGAUGACGGUUCAGGUGAAACAAAGAUUUGGAGAGUAGAGACUGGCAAUAAAGGAGAGAGCAAGAUCCCUGUAGACCCCAAGACAUAUGGGCAGUUCUAUGGUGGGGACUGCUACAUCAUUUUAUACACAUACAAAAGAGGACAAAUCAUAUACACAUGGCAGGGUUCCUGCAGCACAAUAGAUGAGUUGACAGCUUCAGCAUUCCUCACUGUGGAACUGGACCGCUCACUGGGUGGAAAUGCUGUUCAGGUCCGUGUGACUCAGGGGAAAGAACCAGCGCAUCUACUGAGUCUGUUCAAAGCCAAGCCUCUCGUGGUCUACAAGAACGGGACAUCCAGAGAGGGAGGCCAAGCACCUGCAGCCCCGACCCGUCUCUUCCAAGUACGCAGAAACCUGGGGACCAUCACACGCAUCUCUGAGGUUGAUGCCGUAGCUUCCAGUUUAAACUCCAACGAUGCCUACCUGCUCAAAGUGCCUGAGGGGGAGGGGUACAUGUGGGUAGGGAAGGGAGCCAGUGAGGAAGAGGAGCAUGGAGUAAAAUAUAUGAGUGAGCUGCUGCAGUGUAAGAUGAAGCGUAUCACAGAAGGACAAGAGCCAGGGGAUUUCUGGAAAGCUCUUGGUGGAAAGACAGAAUACCAGACAUCGGAGAGGCUGGAGAGUAAAACCAUCACACAUGCUCCUCGCCUGUUCGGCUGCUCCAACAAAACCGGCAGAUUCAUUAUUGAAGAAGUCCCUGGAGAGUUCAAUCAGGAUGACUUGGCAGAGGAUGAUGUCAUGCUGCUGGAUGUCUGGGAUCAGGUGUUUGUCUGGAUUGGAAAGGAUGCCAACGAAGUGGAGAAAACCGAGUCAGUAAAAUCUGCUAAAAUGUAUAUUGACACAGACCCAUCAGGAAGGGACAAGGGGACACCCAUGGUGAUUGUGAAGCAGGGUCAUGAGCCCCCCACAUUCACAGGGUGGUUCCUGGGGUGGGACUCCUCCAGGUGGGAAACUGACGCUGGACAAGCGCAGUGAAGACAGUGAAGGUCAACUACUGGCUGCAGAGGAAACUCAGGGAAGCUAGCUGGCAACUCACACGACACUUUCAGUUACCUAAAAGUGCACUUUGUUACCAGAAUUCUGCAGUUUGAAGAAAUGCAGAAUUGCCAAGCGUGUUGGAAUCUUCUAUCAGACAAUAGAUCAUACUCUGAGUCAGCCAUAAGAAAUACUGUCAAUAUAUUAUAUAAAGAGGUACUGAAAUUUAUAUGAAUAUUUUAUUUUUCUUGAGCUUGUUUUUUUAUUCAGUUUGCUUUUUUACUGAAUGUGCAUGUAUCUUAUUUUUCUGCUCUGUACUAUUUUGUACUUAUCUUUUCUGAAGUCUUCUGAAGACUAUUUUUAUGCUUAAUAAAUAGUUUUUUCAUCUCUCAUUA